GCUAAGGUGGCUGCAGAGGGGAGAGCCGCGCGAGCCAAGUGGGGGAGGGUGGAGGAAACCCGGGAGAAGGCUCUCUCCAGCCCCCAAAGUUUUGAUGAUGACCAUGACUACGAUGGCUGACGGCUUGGAAGGCCAGGACUCGUCCAAAUCCGCUUUCAUGGAGUUCGGGCAGCAGCAGCAACCUCCGCAGCAGCAGCCCGCGCCGCCGCCGCCGCACUCGCGCGCCUUUCGGGCCGCGCCCGGUCUCGGCACAGAAUUAGUUCUACCAGCCGGUCCUCCCUGCGCUCUCCGGACUGCGGCGUCUGUGCGCCCCUUGCUUAGCUCCUUCCCUCCCGGCUGUAACCCGCGUGUGCCAGGAGUGCGUGAGGGACCUUUCUGGGCCAAAACUGGGGAGUGUGCUGGGCUUCCCAGCCCACGCUGGGCAGAUCAACAAAAAACUACAGUGAUUGAAAACGGGGAAAUCAGGUUCAAUGGAAAAGGGAAAAAGAUUCGGAAGCCUCGGACCAUUUACUCCAGCCUGCAGCUCCAGGCUUUAAACCACCGUUUUCAGCAGACUCAGUACCUGGCCCUUCCGGAGAGAGCCGAACUGGCAGCUUCCUUAGGACUGACACAAACACAGGUGAAGAUAUGGUUUCAAAACAAGCGCUCAAAGUUUAAGAAGCUGCUGAAGCAGGGCAGUAACCCGCAUGAGAGCGACCCCCUCCCAGGCUCCGCAGCCCUGUCACCACGUUCGCCAGCGCUGCCUCCAGUGUGGGACGUUUCUGCCUCUGCCAAGGGCGUCAGUAUGCCUCCUAACAGCUACAUGCCCGGCUAUUCGCACUGGUACUCCUCACCACACCAGGACACGAUGCAGAGACCCCAGAUGAUGUGAGCUGUCAGAGGGAAUACGAGAGAGAGGAUGUCUAAACAAGGCAAGGAGGCCCCUGGACCUGCUUGUGUCUGCCAGACUAAGCCAGAGGAGCAGGCUCAGGAGAACUUGUAUGUGUGGCCAGAAGCUGGCUGGGUCUCUCUGCAUCUCUCUCUCUUUCUCCCCCUCCCCUUUUUGCCCACCCCUCUGCCCUUGUUCUUCUCU